AUGGAAAAUAAAUCAAUAUCAUUGCCUAACAACGGAAAAUCUGCAACGACAGAUGAUUCGAAAAGCGAGAUGCAAAUGGUACUCGCUAAAAUGAUGGAAGAAAAGUAUACCUAUACUUAUAAGAAAUUAGUAGUACCUAUGUCAAUGAGAAGUAUUUACUGGAAAUUUUUCGGAUUUCCAGCUACAGAUGAUGGAGAUAUUCUCACUAAAGUAAAAAUUGUUUGCAUAUUAUGUAAGACUCAAAUUGCAUAUAAUCGUAAUACCAGUAAUUUACGUAUGCAUUUGCAAAAUAAACAUGCACAAGAACUUUUAGAACUGGAAGCAACUAAUCCUCCACGCAAAAUACUUUCUCAAGAAAUAAAAGAAAGAAGGGCACAAAAGAAAUUAUUAAAAGCAGGUUUAACUUCUGCCCAACAUAUUUAUACCACCAAUGCAGAUGGUACUGUUCAGAUAGAUGGAGAUAUUCAAUUUGUGACUGAUCCAAAUGUAAGUUUAUCCAAUAUUGAAAAUGAUAUCACAAUUGGUCAACCUUUAAGAGUUAUGAUUAAAAGUGGUUCUAACAUUGGAAACAAUAGUCAAAACGUGGCUUUUUUCAUGCCAGAAGAUAAUUCUAUUAAUCAGUCAAGUAUUGAUGGGAAGACUGUAUCAGAUGCUAUAGCAGAAUUUAUUAUAAUGGAUUUACAAUUACCAGAAGUAGUAGAAGGACGAGGUUUUCAAAGACUAGUUGCAACUUUACGUUCACCCUGUGAAAUUCCUAGUAAAAAUAAAUUAGAAGAAGAAAUAAUACCAAAGAUUUAUGAUACUUUCAGAGAAUCAGUAGCAACAACUCUAUCAUGUAUUGUAAGUGAAGUAGGUUUGACUAUUGAAGAAUGGAGAUCAAAUUCUGAUGAACGAUUUGUUACUGUUUCUGUGUAUUAUCAAAAUUCUGGUGAACCAGUGUUAGAAUGUAAAGUAUUAAGUACAAUUCAUGCACCCCUAGAUUGGGAAGAAUCUCAAUGGGGGAAUACAAUAGAUUCUUUGUUACUUGAUUGGGAUCUGAAAAUAGAAAGGAUAACUGCAGUAGUAAUAGCCACAUCCAGAACAGAAUUAUUGACUGCUUUAGCAAAUCGAGGAUUAACAUUAGUUCCUUGUUUGCUUUAUACCUUGCAGGUUUGUGCACAAGCUUGCUUUGAAAUUCCAGAAGUUGCUUCCAUAUUAUCAAAAUGUAGAGCAGCUAUUGGAGCUAUUAUAAGCCAUCCAGCUGCAUCUGCAGCAUUAUCUAUGCAAGAACAAUUGUUGGAAUUGGAAGAAAAUGCUAUGUUAAUGGAUUAUCCAUCUGUAUGGACAUCAACAUAUAAUAUGCUCGAACAAAUGGUUCUACGUCGUAAUAUUGUAACAUCAAUUUUGGAAAGUAUGGAAGGUGUUGAUCAAGAAAUAGUUGAUUUAACAAAUGAACAGUGGAAGAUUGUAGAAGAUCUUGUAAAUGUACUUGAACCAUUUAAAGUUACUAUUAUGACACUCAGUGAGGAAAAAAUGCCAUUAAUAUCUUUAUUAAAACCAUUACUUUGGCAACUUGUAUCUUCUCACCUUAAAAUAAAAGAAAGUGAUAGUGAAAAAGCAAAGUCUUUCAAAGAAUCUUUAUCUGAUAUGCUGUGCAAUAGAUAUGCUGAUUACAAUGUUACACUUUUACUUCAAAUUGCAACCACUUUAGAUCCAAGAUUUAAGCAAUUACCAUAUGCUACUGAAGAAGAUAAAAAUUCAGUAGCAACUGACAUAAAAGAAAUGUUAACAAAACUAAUACAAGAAGAAUCUGGUGAUAGUAUAAAUAUCAAAGUUGAAGAAGAACCCUUAAAUAAGAAAAGUCGUCUAUCAGGUAUGGAACUUUUACUUGGAGGUUUAUGUUCAGUAAAAAGUGGAAUGCCAGCAGAAGAAAAAGCGGAUCUUGAACUUGUACAAUAUCAUUCUGAGUCUACUGCACCACUUGACUAUUGCCCUCUACAAUGGUGGGCAAAAAUUUCUGCAAAAUGCCCAAAUUUGGGUAAAUUGGCUUGUAAAUAUAACUGUGUACCUGCAUGUUGUGCACCACCCUCUAGAAUUCCAGCAGAAAUGCAAGUUUUAUACGAUACAAGGCGUACAGCCCUACCUCCUCAUUUAAUAGAUAAGUUACUUUUUCUUCAUGGUAAUCAUACUGUAUGA